GACAGUAAGGUGCACACACAAGAAGGCGAGGCUGUCAAACAUGACGUCUAACAUUUUUUGGUUGUUCACGGUCGGAAUUAGAGUGCGAUUAACUUAAAAGUCUAGUGUCUAUCCCUAAUUUCCUAUCCUAUAAUUUCCUUUUCCUAUCAGCUGCAUUUCCGCUUCAGUUAAACGUUUGACAUUUCCGCUAUUCCCACGGCCACAUUUUUACACAGCCAAAAUCAAUUCGUGCGGUGUGGCAGCAUUCCACAUUGUUUUUGUCUAUCUUUUCCCCCACAUUUUUCGCUUUUUUUCUGGUCUUUUGUAAUUUUUCGUAUUUGUUAUUAAAUUUUCAGAGCUUAAUUAAAUCGUAAAACGUCUAGUGCAUUAAUUUUCAUAGUAAUAUUAAUACCUUUAUUUAAAAAUGCUGAAAAGUAGUAAUAUAGAGAGUAUUAUUAAUGCUGUAGAAGCGGGAGGUCAGCAACCGAGGCCACAACUGCCGUUAGCACUGAAUAAUACCAGCUCGAAUGAAGCAGAUGAAGUGUUCAUACCACAAGGGAGCAAUGCCUACGCUGCAUCACUCUCAAAUACUUUUGGUAAAAACGAUGACUGUGAGGAUAGUAAUGAUAAUAAUGGUCCAACAACAAAGCAGGCAAGCAGUGAACAAACACCAGAUUCAUUGGCCACCAAACAGUUGACCGCGGGUUUAUUGCAAAUAUUCGAGCCACCACUAGCAAAAGCGCGCGGUCAGCUGAAAGAACUCAUUGGAAAGCAGAAUAAAAUCUACAUUGAUUUAUCGGCUGAGAAAUACAAAUUAGAUGAUGCUGAAACGACGAGGUUACAUGAAAUGAUGAACAAUGUAAAAAUUUAUCGCGAGAAAUUGGUGAAGAUAAAAAAACAAAUGCAGAAUAUUUAUCAGCGCACCAAAGUUUUGAAGAAACGCGCAUUUAACGUGCAAGUGUGCAAGCAAAAAGAGCUCCAACGCAAAUUGCAAAAGCAGCAACAAGAGGAGUCCUUAAUCGCCAAGCAACAGCAGCAGCAGCAACAACAACAGUAGAAAGGAUUUCGGUAGGAUUUUCAGAAUGUUUAUACAAAAUCCGUUAUAUAUUGAAGUUAAAAAUAAUAAUAAUACUGAAAGACUUGCAAUUUGUUUUAGUUAAUAAAGAAUAGAUUUUGAUUAUAUUUUAUGUAAAUGUAGUACCAUGUAUAAUUAAAAUACACUAAUACAAAGGUUUAAUAAAAAAUGCCCUUAAGCAUUAUCAUGCUUAAUGUAAAACGAA